CGUUGACAUCGUGGUGUGGUAGGAUUGUGGCGGCGCUAACAUAGUGGUGUGGCGCUGACGUCGUGGCGGUGGUUGGUUGGGAAAGUGGUGAAGGUGUGUGUCUGUGUGUGUGCUUCCUGACACCCACAGUGAAGUAGGGUGGUGAUACGUAAUAUACCCACACCUUGUCCUCCUCCUACUAGCACCAGGCUAUUAAAACUAAACUUUUCCAAGUGGGCGGACUCCCUUUACCAGCGUACCUUGCUUCUGCCGGAAUAUCUCCUCCCCCUUGAGGUUUGGGGUUGAGUCAGAGGUCUUAGGUGUUCACCCGUGGACUUGCCAGGACAAUUUGCGUGUGCGUGUGCGUGUGCGUGUGGGGAGCUAGCGGGCGUCGCUGACUAGCCGGCCCCGCGUUAAAGAGUAGCACGUCGGAAUCUGUGUAAGCCUCGUUGCUCUGUGCUCAGGCCGGCAGGAGACCACUGCAAGCCACAGUUUUCGUCCUGUGUUCUCGCCUGUCACGCCCUUACCAGUGAUAUUUAGCCUCGAAAAUUCUAGCAGGGGCAAUAUACUGUGAUUAUCGCGUGUUAGAAAUGUUUAAAAGUGAAGUGUGGGGGAGAAAACAAAGUGAAAAUCAACCGAUCUUCGCUGCCCGAUGGCGGUCUGGUCACCAGUAGGUCUGCCACCACCCACACUUAGCACACCUAUAACAGUGGAGUUUUAGCCGGUUUUAAAGCUUGGUACUCAAGUGCUCACAUGGAUACUACGCUGUGAUGUAUAAAAGCAAGCCACCGUUGUCGUCAAAACCUCCAAACACCUUCUACCAUGUCAGGAGCGGUGACAGGCUUUAAGAUGGAGCACUUCAAUGCCCUGGAUCCUCGCAAACAAGAGCUCCUGGAGGCACGGAUCGGAGGCCGGGUAAUGGAACCCCCUUUUUUGGUUACCUCAGAUAUUGAAAGUGGUACAGAAACGCCAAGAAAUGGUGGUAGUUCCCACUGUAACCCCCAAGUACCUGUUCCGAUAAGUCCGGGUAUACAAGAAACUGGCGGCAAAGCCAUUAUAGGUGUAGGGGAACAGGCUACGUCCUCUUCUCAUGUACCCAGCAGGUUAGAUCCUCCAAUAUGUAUGACCUCGAGGCAGCCCGUUCCUCUCUCUCCGACUCCCGUGCAGGCUAGUGUAGGUAUUCAUGGGAUGAAGAAGUGUUCAGGACCUGGUGUAACAAUACAGUCUGGUUUUGUCACAUAUGGAUCUGAAAUAAUUGUAAGCUCCAACAGACAGGGCCAAAGUCUUCCAGUUCCACAGGCUAACUUAUCUGUUUAUGGAGGCCAAGAAAGGCAAAUAGUGAGAUUAGAACAUUUACAAGAAAGUGUUGUGAGAGACUCACAUGUUAACCAGGCACAAGGGUCAUCCUACAAGAGCUGGGACAGGAAUCAGGAAAGUGGCUAUAGAAGUAACCUGCUUCCCAGCUCUGCCAAUCUCUUGUGUACUGUAACAGAAAGUAUAGCCAGUGGGGUACCUGAAUCAGAGGACACCUGUAAGCCUUCAAACAAGAAAAUCCAAAAAUCCAGUUUUUCUGGGACUCUUGACAAAGCUGUGAUCGGAGGCUUGGAGUAUAGUCCUACAGGUGAACCUCCUUCCAGGAAGUGUGUUAAGAAGAAUCCAAAAGCCAAGAGACAUCUGACAUCCCCCAGGUGUCCCCGUGGGAGUCCCAAACUGACUGGGGAGAUGGCCCGGGUUGGAGCUAGAGUGGACUCCCCCUUACAACUGAACCUUGACCCAGGAAGACUGGAGAAGGCGCACCUUGGUGGGAGUAACCCCAGCACUCCCACUUCUACACAACCGCCCACUUCCAUGUCCGGAUCUGUGUCUCAGCCUAUGUUACUGGACAGACAAGACUCCAACCUCAGCACUGGGUCAUCUGACCGAGAGGAAAGUACCAGUCCAGAUAAAGUCCAGCUGCGAACCCCAAGUGACCGGAAAAGGAAACGAAAAAGCGGAUCGCAAGGGGCGCUGAAUGACGAGGGAGGAGGGGGAGUGACUCCUAAGGUUAGCAGAGCGACGGAGAACAAGAAAAUUAACGAUUACUUCAAACAACAGCAGCAGCAGCAGGCGAACUCCCCUCACAGACUCUCUGGUGCCAAGAGCCCCUCCCCACAGACACUGCUAACACAUAUGACUGGUCACAGUGGUUUAACUGAUCCACUUGUCGGGUUGAUGCCCCCACCUCGAGGCGUUCCUGUGACUCACCGCGCAACCCAGAGUGAUAUUACCUAUAGGCAAGUUGAAGAGAUGGAAAGUCGUGCAUCUAUGGACAUGGAGGCAAAAAAUUCAAGAAUCGAUAACUUACAGUGUACAAAUGAAGAACUAUCUCGACAGCUGCAGACUCAAAGUAAACUCCUUGAACAGAAACAGUUACAAAUUAAUAAAUGUAUUGAAGUAGUCAAGAAAUUACAGAUUGAGAAGUCUAAUAUAGAAAAGAAAGAAGCUCGGCAAAAGUGUAUGCAAAAUCGAUUAAGGCUCGGGCAGUUUGUCACCCAGAGGGUCGGGGCCACCUUCCAGGAAAACUGGCAAGAUGGCUACGCUUUUCAGGAGAUAACAAAACGGCAGGAGGAACUACAAGCAAAUAGAGAAGAAAUAGAUCGGCAGCGGAAACUUUUAAUGAAACGUAAACCAUCGGAGGGUGGUAGUAACUCUCGGAAACGUGGGGCAAACAGUAACCAGGGGCAGGGCGGCGGGAACCUUCCGAACGGCUUGGGGGGUGACCACGACCACCGGGACCUAACCAUCCAGGAAUAUUACGAGUCAGAAGAAAUACUAAAGUUAAGGCAAACCGCUCUUAAAAAGGAGGAUACUGACCUACAACAAGAAAUGGAAAAGUUGGAGAGAGAGAGAAAUCUUCAUAUUAGGGAACUCAAGCGAAUUCAUAACGAGGACCAAUCAAGAGUCCUCUUGGCUAGAAAUCAUAGCAAAAUCCUUCAAUCCCAGUCUUCACCCCGCAACCCUCAUGACAUGCGGUGGUUUGGUGGUUUCACCCAAGCUGCCAGAUGUUUGCAUCUUUCUAAACCUGUAUCAGAAUUCAACAAUCAUCCUGUUUUAAAUGAUCGGUACCUGUUGCUCAUGUUAUUAGGAAAAGGAGGUUUUUCAGAAGUUCAUAAGGCAUUUGAUCUGAAGGAGCAGCGAUACGUAGCCUGCAAGGUCCACCAGUUAAACAAAGAUUGGAAAGAUGAUAAAAAGGCCAAUUAUAUCAAACACGCCAUACGAGAGUACAAUAUUCAGAAGAAAUUAAACCAUCCCCGUAUAGUCAAACUCUACGACGUGUUUGAGAUCGAUGCCAAUAGCUUCUGUACUGUCCUGGAGUACUGCGAUGGUCACGACCUAGACUUCUACUUAAAACAGCACAAGACCAUACCGGAGCGUGAAGCGAGAUCUGUGAUUAUGCAGGUGGUAUCCGCACUUAAGUACCUGAAUGAGAUCAAACCGCCAAUCAUUCAUUAUGAUCUCAAGCCAGGAAACAUAUUGUUGACUGAUGGUAAUAUUCUCGGGGAAGUGAAGAUCACGGACUUUGGUCUCAGUAAAGUGAUGGACGAGGAUAGCUACCAUCCUGACUAUGGGAUGGACCUCACCUCUCAGGGGGCUGGCACUUACUGGUAUCUACCACCAGAGUGCUUCAUUGUAGGGAAAACGCCGCCCAAGAUCUCUAGUAAAGUAGAUGUGUGGUCUGUGGGCGUAAUAUUUUAUCAGUGCCUAUACGGGAAGAAGCCGUUCGGUCACAACCAAAGCCAGGCAACCAUAUUAGAGGAAAAUACCAUCCUUAAAGCCACAGAUGUACAGUUUCCACCCAAACCAGUGGUCAGCAAUGAGGCCAAGCAAUUCAUCCGGUGUUGUCUAGCAUACCGUAAGGAGGACCGCAAUGAUGUGUUGACGCUGUCUUCCAAUCCUUAUCUUUCACCACCACUUCCGAAGAGUGGUCGGCAGUCAGCCAAUAGUCAGCAACAAGCAGCAGCAGCAGCUUCUGCUGUAGCACAGGCAGCAGCUGCUCAACAGCAGGCGGGAUACCAACAACCCUUCACUACUGGUCUAUUGGGCCUUGGGAACAUACACUCUUCCACCAGCUCAUAAUGACACGCCACCCGCAGUAGGGGGCACGUCCAGCCCCGACACCCCCUACCUGGCUCCACCCUACGUCACUCGGCCCUCUUCAUUCGUCACCACCUGCCUCCUGCCGCCCAUUGCCCACAACUGCCACCAACAACAGUAUGGCCGUAUUGACCACAGGGCUUAAGUUUGUCAGCAGUGAUCCAUGAUGCAAUUAGUCAGGUCCCUCACAGAUGGAAAUUUCAUGUGCCAGUUACCUCAGCUUUCAGUAGCCAUGACAGUAAAUCUAAGAUAUAGCUCUGCAGUAGGAUUUUUAUGGACAAUGGAUAUAUCUUUUAUUCAUGAUUUUUAACACUUCAAUUGGGUAGAACUGAUUUGCAAAUUAGGGAAAAUAAGUUUUAAUGAAUAUACUGCAUGCAGUAAUUCAUAUUUUUUAUACUAUUUUCCAACACAUAACACAUGAGCAGUUUUAAUAGUUUGAGAGACACUGCAGUACCCAUGUGUGGCAUGAGGGUGGUAAGGGCAGGCUGGUGAUGGAGUGGAGUGGGAGGAUGUGGGCAUUGGGGCAGAGGCUCAACACAGCACUAGAAACUCCUGUGUUCCUACUUGCUGCCACAACCAACUACUGUUCUUGUGCUCUGCCUGCCAGAUAAACUCUGCAGCAACAGAGCAAACAGUCAAGGGAGUGUGUCAGUGUGCAGCUGGAAAAUAUUCCAUUGUGAAUUUUUUUUUCUUUAAUAUAUAAAGAGUUCUAUUCUAUCAAGCCAAAGUUGUGACUGAAUUAUGCCAGAGUCAAGAAUAUACGUACCAGUUACUGUUACUAGAAAGUCAGCUAUGUGGUACCCAGUGUGAUGGUGCACUGUGGAGAGAGUGACUCCAGUUGUAGGAACACAAACAGUGAGUGUGGUGCUCCACUUCUGCAGUGUCGACCAUUGCGGGUGGUUCGGGCUCAGCGGAGGGCAGCAGUCGUGUUGCUUCCACACUGAGUGGCGACAACGGGUAGGGUGGCGGAAGUGAUCGUUGUGAGCCACCGACCGAUGUGAUGUGAUAUUGUGUAGUCGUGAGUGUGAACUCGGGGUUCCGGCGCACAGGUGUAGGUUGUGGGAGACAGCAGCAGCCGGUAGCCAGGUGUGAUAUAUAUAGUACCACUUUUAAGAAAGUGAGAUAAUACAUUAAUGUGACUUUCAGGAACAGUAUGUGUUAACUUGCAGAUAAGCUGUUCUAUGGAUGUUGCCUAACAACAUUGCAGCCCAGUUGUGGCCACAAAUAUAAUGGGAGAAACGUGAACCGUCAAAAAUUGCUGGAACCGUAUCCUGAAGUAUCCGUAUCACUAAAUUUGUCGAGGCCUCUGGAAUAUUUGUUGAAAAAAAAAAACAAUAUUAUGAGAUUUUUGAAAAAGAAAAUUGUUAGUUACUGAAUCUUCAUAAGUUUGGUGCUACAGAAUUUAAAAUGAAGAAAUUCACAGCUUAUAUUAUUAUUUUCUGAAAUGGAAAUAAAAUAUCCGAGAGGGAAUCCAUGAAUUCAUUCCUGUGGAAAUAGGCUCUAUACACAAGCAUUACAUAGCUCCCACCUUUAUUCAUGUACAUUGUUUACUGAUAUUCCUCUUCUGCUGCAAGUGCCGUGUAUUUAUGCAGAACACAGAUACAGCGUUCCCGUUGUGGUGCGAACGAACGGCAACCCACAUUAAUAGUCUACAGAUCACCACAGCUUAUCUUGAUUAUAUUGUAUGUAUUUUAAUGUCAAUUUUUAGACAUGUGAGAUAUUACCUAUAGUUUUGUAUGUGUUGAUUUUUUCUAAUUUUCAUUUUUUAUUUAUAUAUUUUUUUUUCUCAUUUUCGGUUGUCCUCCUGAAAGCAUUUUAGAUUUGAUUUUGUGGUGGUCAGCUAUAAAUUAAAUUGCAAGUGGUUGGACUACGCCAACCCCUCCAACAUGUAAUUCGCUAACAUAGUCACACAGAGCUGGGGAGAUGGUGGUGGUGGAUUUAGUAUUGUUGUCCUGUUCUCGACAGUCUGGUGAAAUGUGAAGUAGUAGGAGCAAAAAUAAGGUUCAUUCAUGUUUUAUUCUUUUUAUUUAAAACUAUUUAAUUUUUUUUAUUUGUGUGUCAAAGAAUGUGAAGACCUUUUUCUUAAAUUCUUGAAGGCUCUCAUCUUCUGUUCACAGGUUUGAAGAAAAUAAGAUCAUAAAGAGUUAGGAAAAGUCUUAUGUCCUGCCGCUUCAUCCUGAUGUAUUAUGUUCCUAAUUAUGCCUUGAUGAAUCGGGAUGAAUGUGCAUUUUGUGACACGUGUAAGUAAUGAGCUCAACGUUCCAUGCCAGUGUUUGACAGAAUGAGAAUGAAUGUGUAUUUUAUGAUGUUUGCAAAUACUGACCUGGACAUUUUAAUGAUAAUCUUUGACAGAAUCUAGGUGAAUAUGUUUUUUUUGUGAUAUUUGCAAAAUAUUGUACUGUACUGUGCUGGAUGUUUUAAGCCAAUCUUUGACAGCCAGAGGUUAGUGUUUUGGGCAGUCCUAGGAUGAUUACAUUGUAUGGAACAAGGAACUUAAAAUUCUGAAUAUACUGUAUAUAAGAUAGAAGUUAAUAAAAAUAACUUGAAUUUGUUCAGAUAAGGAUAAAUAUAAUGUCUGACAAUGGACACGUCUAAAUCUAACAAUGAUGGUAUUUUGACCUCCAAGAAUUUUAUAUCAUAGUUUUUAUCAGUUGACUUUCAUGGCUGCUUCAAGGUCUGGCCAUAAGACAGUGUUAUAACCAGCACGUACAAGAAAACUAAAGAAGAAAAUUCUGUUGAGGUAAACCAGUUUUAGGGUAACGUCUUGAGGUGUGGAGGGACAUGACUUGUUCCCCUUCCUUGUCAAUCAGAAGAUGGGAGUCCAAUGAGUCUCAACUCAAUAUUGUUCUUGCCCAAUUUUCUCAACCAGUUCAGAAGGUAGGAAGGUACUAGUUUAAAUUUGCCCCCCUUAGUUUCCUCAGCUCACACCGGUGUAUUUUUUAUUAUUAUUAUUUUUUUUUUACCUUUUUUCUUUUUUUCUUUUUUUUCGGUCAAAGAUUAAAACCGCCAUUUGGUCUGUUGCCGGCCAUUGUGAUAGUUAUCGCUCUAUACUUGUAAAAUUCUAUCAUGUUAUGUAAAAUGUAAUGCAUAAAUAAAUCAAUAAAGCAACUUGGCCAAUUUA